UAAAGACGGAAGCGCUCAGAUGUGUCCUGUCUCACUGGGGUGGAUAGUGUCGUAAUGGGGAUUUAAAACGCCAAAGUUUCUAAUUCAGUCGUUCCUUAGCUUUAGAAAUUACUAAUUUCAAAAUUAACAUGGGAAACAGUCAGAGGUCAGACCACCGAGGACGCUAAUUCUUUUGGCACCGUGCGUAAAAGCGCACAGUCGUUUGGGUACGGCGCAGAAGCAACCUGGACUAUUUUCCGUGACUUUAUUUCUUCUGCUCAGAUAUGUAGGCUGCAGGCAGUUUUAUAAACUGGUACUUAAAUGAGCAAUUAUACCAGAGGUAAGACAACACCGACAGAUGGAUAGCUCUCCGGCUCACUGCGCGGAAACCGAAGGUCCGGUGCUCUCAUCCGGUGCGAGCAGCGCUAACUGCGAGCAGAAGGAGCUUUAGGGAAGCCACUGGUGCUGUCACUGUCACCGUCACCCCCCGCCCACAGACAGAGCGGCAGUUAUUGUGACAGCAGUGGCGAAUUUGCCCUGAUAUGCCUCCCAGCUGCGAAGAUGACAGAUGUUGCUCACCCGUCGCGGCUUCAAGAUAACGUUGUGACGGUGGACGUAACCUGCUCCGGUGAAGCUUUUCACUUCCAGUGUGCAACAUGGGAUACAACCACCUGUUCUCUGUGGGGACGGCAAUUUCCUGGGCGCUGCUCUUCACUCAGUCAGUUUUUUGUCAUGAGAAGACCCACUCCCACGCUGAAGAUGAGCUCUUCAAGACGCUGUUUGCUGGUUACAACAAGUGGUCCAGACCCGUGCCCAACAUCUCCGACGUGGUCAUCGUCAAGUUUGGACUCUCCAUAGCACAGCUCAUAGACGUGGAUGAGAAGAACCAGAUGAUGACGACCAACGUGUGGCUCAAACAGGAGUGGAAUGAUUACAAGCUUCGCUGGAGACCGUCUGACUACGACAAUGUGACGUCCAUCAGAGUGCCGUCGGAGCUCAUUUGGGUUCCAGACAUCGUCCUCUAUAACAAUGCUGAUGGUGAAUUCGCUGUGACCCACAUGACCAAAGCUCACCUCUUCCACACUGGUAAAAUCCGCUGGGUCCCACCUGCCAUCUACAAGAGCUCCUGCAGCAUUGACGUCACCUUCUUCCCCUUCGAUCAGCAGAACUGUAAGAUGAAAUUUGGCUCUUGGACCUACGACAAGGCCAAGAUCGACCUGGAGCGAAUUGAGAACACGGUGGACCUCAACAACUACUGGGAGAGUGGUGAAUGGGCCAUCAUCAACGCUGUGGGAACAUACAACACAAAGAAGUACGACUGCUGCCACGAGAUCUACCCAGACAUCACCUACUUCUUCAUCAUCCGCAGGCUUCCCUUGUUUUACACCAUCAACCUUAUCAUCCCCUGUCUGCUCAUCUCCUGUCUCACCGUUCUGGUUUUCUAUCUGCCCUCAGACUGCGGUGAGAAGAUCACUCUGUGCAUCUCUGUGCUGCUGUCUCUCACUGUCUUCCUCCUCCUCAUCACGGAGAUCAUACCCUCCACAUCCCUUGUCAUCCCCCUCAUCGGCGAGUACCUCCUCUUCACCAUGAUUUUUGUCACUCUGUCCAUCGUCAUCACCGUGUUUGUGCUCAACGUGCACCAUCGUUCUCCCAGCACUCAUAAGAUGCCCCGCUGGGUCCACUCUGUGUUCCUGGACUUGAUCCCACGCUGGCUGUUCAUGCGACGGCCGGCUCCGGAUGGCCGCCGUCGCAGGCUGUUGUUGCUCCAGCAGGAGGCGGCGGCGGAGCGGCGGCAGGCCCGGAUGGUCGGCCACAAAUCUGGCUUCAGCCUCAGCACCUCGGCCACCUGGCUAAGAGACGGGACGACGUUGGACGACCCGGAGAGAAGCUGUUACGAGGAUCUGGAGCUGGGAACGUUGACGUCUUAUUUCUCCUUCCGUCCUCCGUCGCCCAGACCUCCGGGGUCGACUCCCCCGCCUCAGCAAAAGACUCCGCAAAACAGUCAGAACCGACAGGAAGGGACUGCAGGGAUGAACAGACAGUUAACUGGAGCCAGAGUUAAUUCCACUCAGCGGCCGGCUAAAGUUGACAACACAGUGUCACAGUCGUUCCUGCUUUCACCCAGUGUCAUACGUGCACUGGAAGGGGUGCACUACAUAGCAGAUCACCUGAGGGCGGAGGACGCUGACUUCAGUGUGAAAGAGGACUGGAAGUAUGUCGCCAUGGUGAUUGACCGCAUCUUCCUGUGGAUGUUCAUUAUUGUGUGCCUGCUUGGGACUAUUGGCCUCUUCCUGCCCCCGUGGCUAGCUGGCAUGAUUUAAUGCUUGUGGGAAAAUAGAAAGAAAUUCGCACCCACCUCAACUCAAGUUUGCUGUUUGGCAUUUAAAGUGUAGCUGAACUUCAAAACUGGCAGCGUGACUCAAGUUUGUGUAACACAGUACAAUCCAUGUGGCCUCACAAAAAGCCACAGUCGCCAAGCCAAAAUUAUGACUAAUGAAGAGUGCAUUGCUACUUUUAGAUUCUUUAUUUUUUCUUUGUAGCAAGAGUGGCAAUUUUGUGUCAGGCUCAGCUAUCCAGACUGCACCUGUGCUCAGGUUGGGUUUGAUCUGAAUGCAAACAUUUACAGAUUGAGCAAGUUAACAAGGAAGUUAACAUCGAGUGGAUGUAACAUUUGGCAUGUUAGUGUGGCAGUAUGCUAACAUAUGUCACCAGUAGAGACAAACAAUCCCACUCACAUUCAUACCUACAAACAAUUUAGAAUCGCCAAUUAACCUGAGCAUGUUUUUGGACUGUGGGAGGAAGCUGGAUUACCUGGAGAAAACCACACACAGGGUAAACAUGCAAACUCCACACAGAAAGUUCCCAGGAUGGAUGGAUGUGAACCUGGGAUCUUCUAACUGCAAGUUGAAAGUGCUUUCCACCAGCCACUGUGCAGCCCCAGUAUGCUAACAUGUCAGGGUUGAUUAUUAUCUUUUUGGUGUGUUAGUUAGCAUAACAUGCCAGUUAGAUAUUUUUAACUAGUCCGUACAGAUUCUCACUCAUCCACAUUGAGGUAAUUCUAAGAGCUUCAGAAGAAGACAACUGGAUUUUUGUUUUUUGUUUUUGAAGUUGUCUUACCACAAAGCAGCAUUCAAGAGGCUUUUCAACUCUAUGUGACUGGUGGGGGGUUCCAGAUAUGUAAACUUACAAGAAUCUUUUCCAAAAACAGUCUAUCAGUACAUUUCAGACCCAGAAACAGACAAAAACAGGUUCAAUCUAAGUAAAAGAUAGCCAAACACAAGCCAAGCAAUGUUAUAGUUGCAAUUCAUUGCAGCAAGGAAUGCACAGACCCAUAUACAGUGUGACAACCCUCCACCCGGCCACCAUUUGUCUCUGUCUUUUCUUUUCCAGAGCUGAGGGAGCUUCAUCGGCUGAUUGAGCCACACCUGGGAUGCAAUGGCUCAGCUGCAUAAAACCUCCCUCAUUUACCCUUCAAGCUCUCUCUGAUAGGAGCUACUUUCUCCAAAAACACGAGCAGCAUGGUUUUUGGUUUCCGUUUGGGGUUCUUUCAUGCAUAGUUUGGGUUGUUUUGCGUUAAAAUGAAUCCAUUUUAUUCACCACACAGUUGUUUCCCUGUUUUGUUGCAGUUUUUGAGCCAAGCUGUAACAACAGGAGAAACUCAACAACUGCUUCACAUGUCUUAAAACAGGAGAGCAGCUCUUCAGGGCAAGGAAAGCUCCUUUGUGGGCAACAAAGUCCACAUGCUAGACCGAGAAGACAGAUGGUUUGAGAUAAAUCUAUAACACCACUUAUCAGGUACAUCUAAUGAAGUCUUGAAAGCUCUCACAGACAGUGUACUAAUAUUAUCACCUUGAGUCACCCUUCCAUAGGGAUUUCACAACUUUUCACACCUCAAGGCAUGUGAGUCAUGUAAGUUGGCGGUGAGAAUAUAUAUCUGGGACUCCCCACCAGUCAGUUAGACACGAAGAGGCCGUCCGUAAAAUGUUGGAACGUCUUAAAGAACCAAAAUGAAAAGUCAAGCUGCUUUCCAACUGAAACUUUUAGGACAGUGGUGCCAACGCUGGUGUGGGCUGAGGUGUUGCAUUGAAAUAGUUACUGUUUCUGUACUUUCAGAGAUUACCACUUAAAAAUCAGAAACCCAAUAAAUUACAUUUGUUAGUAGCAGUCUGAUUAGUGGUGACUGUGAUCUUGCUCCAAUACUGGGACAUCAGUGUUAUCCAGAUGUUAGCUCGUUGUAGGAGACCUGAACGGGGGAGAGACUCAGCAUGACUAGAAAUCUAAGGGUAGUUGUAUAACAUAUGACCAGCCCCUCCAAAAAAAACAAUUUUCUGCUCAGCCAAACUACAAAAUAUCCAACUAAUUGUGUCUUUUGUGCAGUGAAGCAUAAGUCUGUCUGGAAAUACACGUUUUUUAACCUUAUUUUGGAGCAAAGUUACCAAACUUCUAAAGUGUUUUUUUAUCAGAUUUGACUGGUGAAUCCAGACAGGCAGUUUUUAUGCGCUGGUAAACACUGAAAUUGCAGUUUUGGCUCUCUCCCCAUUCAUUUUAUUUAUGAUUCUGAUCUUGUUUCCCAAAAUAACUGCCAAGUUUCAAGACUUGCCCAUAAGGAUUUUGACUUUGAGGCUGGAUAGAAACAACUUUAGUGUAGCUUUACAUUUAUCUUUUCUACAUGUUGUUUGUUCUGGCUUAAUAAACCAAACACUGUAACUCGCAAACCAAGAACUUGGACUGCUAGAUUGAGAAGAUUCAUCUUCCUGACCUUAAUUCUGUCAAUGGACACCAGUAAAGCAUCUACUGUAGCUGACUGCACAUCCUUGUUUAAUGUUUUAAUAUUAAUAUUUGUUAUUUCUCCACUCCCAAAGGUUUUUUAUUUUGUCUUUUUCCACAUUAUAGAAAUGUGGGGUUGUGAAUAUGUUUUUGAAGACAGGACUCCUGGGUCCACACAGGCAGUUUUAGAGUUUAGUCAAAGCCAAAAGACGUUUCCCAUGUAGCUCAGCACUGGUCAGCGACAGAAGUUCUUUCAGAGGUCAUGAAAUGGAAUGUUGCACAAGUGGAACUUUAAGUCUGCUGGUGUCAGAAACUUAUCUGAGGGAUUCUGGAGCUGAAGAAGGUACCAAAUUCAUGAUGCUGUGAAAGACUCAGUGGCCAAAACCUCACCUAGCUGGAAAAACUGCAGCUGUGCCCUGUGCUUUGUGCCAGACUGAAAAGCUUCGACAGGUCUGGACAUCUGCUUUUGAUGGGAUGGCUUUUACCACGUUAUGGUAGAACACACUAACUGGAGUCAUUUAGUUUGGACAGAAGUUGCAUUUGUACAGGCUUUUCUUUCUGGCGAUGCUGCGGCGAUUACGCUUAUUUUUGAAUGAUUGUACGAUGUAAUAAAUAAAUCCCCUCAUGGAAAUACCUUUGAAAA